AUGGCGUCGGUAAAGUUCAUCGUGGUUGCGUGUUUGGUAGCUAUUCUCGGCUAUUUUAUUCACAGGGAACUGCAAAUGGAAACUUUCGCUUUUACACUAACCAAGCACAUACUGGCAAAGCGCUCUGACGUUUACCGAAAGUUUUUUGAUGAACCAGAAUUUUGGUCGAAAGUGCACCCCAACUGGUAAGCAAAAUGAAACCUCAGGGACAGGGUUUGUGUGACGUAACUCCUGAACUUGAACCCCAGCUGCUAAUCCUGAACUAAAACCUCCAGUCUGGUGGCAGCCUCAAAGGCACCUGCAAUUAUACGUAGUCAUUUUCUGUUAAUUUUUCUAAUGUACCGUGAUGUGCAUAAUUUACGCCUACAUAAAAAUGUAAACAAGUCUUUGAAACGAAAUGUCAACGGUAGUUUAAGUUUAAAGAGCUUUUGUGAGGGUUUUUAUUCUGGGCAUUAAGCGUUUCAUUUCUCGCUUACAACGGGAAAGCAGUAUUAAGCAUAAUAUGCGUAAAAACUUCUGCUAACUUUAAACUAAGCGAAUUGUGCGUGCCAUUUGGCCUGGAGGAAAAACGUUACCAAUAGCCGAUAGCCAUCAGCCGCUCACACGAUGGUUUCGAUGUUUUUAGUUUUGUGAACAGAUCUUAAAUCGAAAUAUAAGGGUAUCAACUGUAAUCUCCACUGCACUUAAUUCUAAGACUUUUCAUUACAAGUUAUUGCGCAUCUACAACGAAGUUGUCUUUUGCGUGACUAAUCUCAUCAUUUAAUAGGUCACGCGAUGUUUUCACAAUAAAUUUAAAGUAACAAAGUUUUGAGCAAAAUUACUAAACGUUACUUUUAAGGCAUUUCAGUUUAAAAUAAUGUCGAGCUCUUACAUGUCCUUAUGUGAUUUGAGCUAAUUAUGCACCAAUCAUUUGAUUAGUUCCCCCCCCCCUCACCACCCCACCCCACUCCAUUGGGGGAUACUACGGACAAACCGGAAGUUUUCCUCUCAUUUUCACUCAAUUUAGGUUCCCCGUUAGUCGAGGAAUACACCUUUUUUCACGGCUUUGCUAAACAAUGCGGGGGCUGAGCGGGGGUUUGGCGGGGAUUUCACUCGUGGUUUGCGACCUCUUUUAGAAGAAUGGGUUCAAGUUGCAUGUUCACCAUACUGCCCAUGUAGCAAACCGAAUGCAUGAUAAGUCCGGUGUGGGUGCGACGGUAACGAAGGAUGCUCGUUCAAGUGCGUGGGGAUGACAGAGGACACAGCUCCGCCAAGAAAAUGGUUAUUCACUUGCAGAAAAUUGUUUAUCAUACAUUAUUAAGGAGGGGGAGUUCACUCUAAAUUUUUUCCCCGCAAGGCGGGGCUUUCACUGCAUUUCACUGACAGCAAAAAUGAAUGCCCCGGGGAUCCCCAGUUGGGGGUGGGGGAGUAAUCAAAUGAUUGAUGCAUUACAUGCUGUUUUAUUUCCAAGGGAAAUACAACUUUAUGCUCACUGUCAGCUACAGGUUUCGUUUUGACCGUGUCUUUUGGGUGCUAAGAAAAGAUGUUUUUCAGCGACGUAUGUUCUUAAAGGGGCUAUGUCACCCCUGGCGCAUGCGCGAGCUAAUGAAAACAAACUUGAAAAAGUCAACCCGACUUUUUCAAGUUCUGUCGGAGAUUUUGGAAGGCCUUUUUUUAUCUGAGACGAUUUGCCUGAAAAUUUGGUCAAAAUCACGCCCCAAGAUUGCAAAAUUGCCACUUCUACUUUGCGUCGCUCAAAAAAGGCGUUGUUUAAGCUCCUUCUUCUAUUUUAGUGUGGGUAUAACCAACAUCAUUAGAUCGCAAGACAAGGAUGGACCAAGAACAGUUCAGUUUCACUUGCAUGAGGAGGUGCCAGGCCCCUUUUUUGGAUACCCCAGCAAGGUCCAUGCUGAAGUACCCAUGACUGUGAAAGAAGUACAAGAAAAUGAAGCUACCCACAUGUCAACCACCCAGUUUCACGGUUGGCUUCAAUUCGAUCAAGAGUUUCGUUUCUCCGAUGCAAAAGAAGGUGGAAUGAUGCUGGAAGAGCGCUGUCAGUAUACAUCAGCCAAGAUUGCUAUAAGAUAUAUCGCACCUAUAGCACUCGCCCAGCACAAAGACAUUAUGGAAAACACCAGAAAAUAUUUCAUGGAAGUUGAAACAAAGAACUCCUAA